UCAGAGGCGGAGCGAGCGCUACAGGCACCUCCUCGUCGGGUGUACUCUCCCCUCUUCUGCAGGCAUCCAGGCGUGCACCCGUCAGUCGCCAGACCGGCGGAUGGCCAACGUAGCCGCGUUCGCGAGGCAAGCUCAAUGCUGACCCAGUGCACGCUGACCACAGAGUACGCGCUAGUCUUCGAGGUCAUAGCGAAGACCCUGAGGAAUUCGCGGUGAGCCCUUCGAAGCCACAGUCUUCUGCUCCCGGCGCGGGAGAAGAGAUGCCGCGUCCGGGACGCUCUACGUACGGCGAUCAGAAGCCUCCUUAUUCCUACAUCUCCCUCACCUUCAUGGCCAUUCAGAGCUCCCAGGAGAAGAUGCUCACGCUGAGCGACAUCUACAAGUUCAUCAUGGACCGAUUCCCUUACUACCGUAAGAACACGCAGCGGUGGCAGAACUCCUUGAGGCACAACCUCUCGUUUAAUGACUGCUUCAUCAAGAUUCCAAGAAGGCCGGAUCGUCCAGGAAAGGGCAGCUACUGGGCCCUGCACCCUGGCUGCGGUGAUAUGUUCGAAAACGGAUCGUUCUUGAGGCGCCGAAAGAGGUUCAAGCUGCCCAGGCAGAUCAAAGACGCCACAGCGAUGGCGUUAGCGGAGCUCAAGCACUACGAGACUGUGUCUCAAAACGCGAUCCAGGAGCAAGCUAAAAUGAGGCUCACGGCACUGGCCGCGGCACCAAGUCACCUUCAAGCCCAUCACCCUUCUCAGAUGGAAGCCCUGAGGCCGACGUCUUUGACGGCAUCCUACACCAAACCUCCUCAGCCUUUCUCGAUCGAAAACAUCAUCGCUCCAGAGGGCAAGAACUUCAGUGGAACGCUACCGGGCCUGCCUCACCAGCCGUUUCCUCCUCAAGGUAGAACCCUUGCACCUUUCCAUGCCUACACAACGUCUGCUGGAGCUUGGCACCCCAGCUACUCAUCCCUGGUCGCCGCAACUGCUCGUCACGACCUCACGGGACUCUUGGGAGUAACAAAGUCACUGCCAGGUUCCCCGUUUCGUUUUCCGGUUCCUCACGGUGCAGCGGUACCGUUUUCGUUACCGUCAUUACCGUUCAAGCCACCACCGGCGUCCUUACUGCCAGCGUUCCAGUUUCCUGGGCUCACGCCUGAACAGUCAUGCUCCUUGUUAGCUGCCAACACCGCAGGUGCAGUUCCGACGUUGUCGUCGAUGGUAACAUCGAACUUUUCGUUGACGACAACGACGAUACCAUUCGUCAGAGCAACAUCGUCUUCGCCUCCGAGACCGGCGUCCACGUCGAGUGAGAUCUCCUGCAAGUCAUUGGAUGUGGUGUCAGACGAUCAGGCGAAUGACGUUUACUAGUUCUUCUCACCUUUAAUUUAUAAGUUUAUCGGCAAGACGAGCCUGCGAUCUCAUGGCCAGUGCGAUUGUCCUUUGGUGCGGCUUGUUGCGCGGUGGCACGUGUGAAUGUGUACAUAAUGUAAUAUUCCUUGCAAAGACUCGGUGUGUAAAUAUAGACUGGUCAGAACCUAUAACCUGGGUAAGGAGCGUGAAGCAUAACAAGUUGUCGUCACUGCGAAACAAUGUGCUCGCACUCAUGAAAGGAGGUUCUUCAACGGAACAGCACAAGAUAGUCGUUAUGGUUCUCUGAGGCUCAGACGCAUCAUCAAUGCACAUCCCAUAUAGAAGAACACGGCGAACCUAAUCCUGUCAUCCUGUUACCCUGGCACAUCUGUCAACAAGCUCUACCGCCGACUUCUGAGUUUUCCUCCGUAUGCGCCUCACCAAGUGCUCAAAGCCUCCUGCAAGCCGGUUGAAAAGUCGCAGGAUCCUCUCAAUACCCACACGUGCUUCAAAGACGCCCAGUUUAUGAGAAUCGCUUGGAGCUCACCGCGAAACAACGUUCAAGAAGCUCGACUUGAGCCGCGAGACCAAUGCUUAUUUAUUUUGAAGGACAAAACAGUCAAAAGGCGACAGUGGCUUUGUGAGCUCCGAGCCUCUCUCUACACCCGUGAAUCCGACGGGAAAACAAAGCAGUCAGAGGAAAACAAAUUCACAAGGCAACACCUCCGAUGCACGUGCAUGUCCCG